AUGAAGGAUAAGGGAGGUAGAGGCCGGAACAAGGGCUCAACCAUGGGAGUCGGCCUAGGCGUUAGGCGACGCCCAGAGUGUGGUGGAGAACCGCGGUAUGGGUUUGCGCGACGUGUUGGCGACGCCGAUGAAAGGAUGGGUGGCGCCAACUCUAUGGGCGAUGCCCCCUGCAACAAAGAGAGCAGUGUUAUUGAUGGUGUCAAAGAGGCGAGGACGAGGGGUGAGGAGGAUGCCAAGCUUGGAGCGCUGGGAGGUGGCGCCAACGCGCCAGGCGACGACGACACUUCAUUGGGCGAAACCGAUAGGCCUGUGAAGGGUGACGCCAUUAAGCCUGGAGGAGGAGGAUGGCGUCUCAGCGCAGGAGGUACAGACAACGCUUCGAGGCAAAGAAUCAAUGGAGAUGGCGCCCAUGGUGGGUGGCAAUCAGCUGGCCACGUCAGUGGUCCACUAGGUAGCGCAAGACGUUUGAUGGGCGUCAGUGAUCUUAGCCUAGAUGGAGUCCAUGUUGCUUUUGGGGAUUCUAGGGAUGUCGAAGUGAUCAGGGAGGCUAGUGGUCCCGAUGGCACAUGCGAAGGCAAUGGAUACCAGGCAAUCGAUGCCAGCGGAGGCUUGGGCGACGCCAGUGAAGGCUCAAAAAUUUUUCAUUAA